AUGAUUUGGAAAGAUGAAAUGCUUAGGGGUAAUUUGGAUUCUAAGAAAUCUUCUUUUUCUCUUUGUUGUUCGAACGGAGACGUUGAAUUGCCUUCCUCACCUGCUCCUCCUCCACUGCUCGAAAGGCUUUACAAAAGAGUUACUCCUGAAAGCCGCAAUUCCAUGAAUAACAUUCGAGCAUAUAACAUGAUGUUUUCCUUCACAUCCCUUGGUGGCAAGGUUUCUAAAACUUUUCAAAAAACCAAAUGUCCUUAUGUUUUUGGAGUGCAAGGACAAAAUUACCAUCGCAUUGGUAGUCUGCUACCGAAAGAUGGUGAAGAGCCCAAAUUUUCACAGCUUUAUAUUUAUGAUUCCCAAAACGAGGAUUUUAAUCGUCUAAAGGUUGUAAGUGUCGAGCAAGGUUCGAAGACAAACAGUAAACAACAACUUGAUCUUGCCAUCAUAUCGAGUCUUAAAAAAAUGUUGGAUUCAUGCAAUCCACUUGUGAAGUCAUUUAGAAUGGUACAAGAUUGUUUUAAACAAAAUGAUUGGCAAAAUGUAAGACACAAGCUCAUUGGAAUAAGGGAUGAGGAUGGUAGAGUUUUUAACUUGCCUACUGCUGAAGAAAUUGCUGCCUUAAUAAUUGGUGAUUUUGAUGGAGCAUUUGAUAAAAGGGAUAUCAUAGUUCAAACAAAAUCAGGCGAUCUUCAGAGAAUCAGUGAGCUUCAUCCCUCUUAUCUUGCAUUGCAAUAUCCACUUAUCUUCCCAUAUGCAGAAGAUGGAUUUAGACUUGGUAUUAAACAUCGAGGUGUUUCAGUUGAUUGUGACAUACUUAGAACCAGUACCACAAUGAGAGAGUUCUUUAGUUACAGGAUACAAGACAGAGCCAACCAAUUUUCGUUGUUACUCAACGCCCAAAAGCUAUUCCAGCAGUUUGUAGUUGAUGCGUAUACAAUGAUAGAGUCUGCACGGUUAGCUUACAUAAAGACACAACAACCCAAACUUAGAAGUCAAACAUUUAAGAAUUUAAAUAAAAGUGUUCAAAGUGGCCAAAGCGAUGCGUCAAAUUGUGGAAAACGAAUUUUGUUGCCAUCUUCAUUUACCGGUGGAGCGAGUUAUAUGAUGCAAAAGUAUCUAGAUGCUAUGGCAAUCUGCAAAGCUGUAGGAUAUCCGGAUCUCUUCAUAACAGUCACUUGUAAUCCCAAUUGGCCUGAGAUUUAUAGAUGUUUAAAAGACAAACGGUUGAACCCUCAAGAUAGACCGGAUAUUAUCGCACGGUUAUUCAAAAUUAAAAUCAAUCAUCUAAUUCAAGAUUUCAAGAAACAUAAAUUCUUUGGUGAGAUACAAGAAAUUAUUUAUACAAUCAAAUUUCAGAAACGUGGUCUACCUCAUGCUCAUAUAUGUUUGUUCUUAAGUGUCGAGAGCAAAUUUCCAACGGCUAAAGAAAUCGAUUUGGUUAUUAGUGCUGAAAUACCUGACAAAGAGAUGGAUGCUUCACUGUAUGAACUUGUCAAACAAUUUAUGAUCCAUGGUCCUUGUGGUACAGACAAUCCUCAUUCUCCAUGCAUGGUUAAUUUAAAAUGUUCGAAGAAGUUUCCGAAAAAAUAUGUAGAUGAGACUUGUGUUGAUUCUGAAGGAUAUCCUGUCUACCGACGUCGUCAAUCAUGCAACACAGUAGAAAAAAAUGGCGUUUUACUUGACAAUAGGUUUGUGGUUCCGUACAAUGCUAUGCUACUCAAAAAGUAUCAGUGCCACAUAAAUGUUGAGUGGUGUAACCAAACAGGAUCCAUCAAAUAUCUCUUCAAAUACAUUAAUAAGGGUCCGGAUAGAGUGACAGCUUCUGUUUACGAAAGUACCUCCACUGGUAAUGUGAACCCUCAAAACAAGGAAAUGACAAAUAAUGAAAAUCUCUCAAACGAAACAGAAGUAGAUGAAGUUAAAGCAUAUCUUGAUUGUAGAUAUAUUUCAGUGUGUGAAGCUGCUUGGAGAAUCUUUAAGUUUGACAUACACUAUCGGCAUCCAUCUGUUGAAAUAUUACCUUUUCACUGUGAAGAUGGUCAGGCUAUUAUUUAUGACGAUAAUUCAAACUUGUGUGACGUGGUCAGUAACCCAACUGUGAAAAUGUCUAUGUUCACAGAAUGGAUGAAAUGUAAUCAAACGGAUGCAUUUACUAGAACUUUGAAGUAUAUAGAGUUCCCCAGAUACUUUGUAUGGAUACGCAAAACACGAAAGUGGGUACGUAGAAAAAAACCUUUUGGUGCAGUUGGUAGGAUACAUUAUGUACCUCCAUCACUUGGUGAUUGUUAUUUCUUGAGAAUUUUAUUGAAUCACGUUAUAGGACCAAUGAGUUUCAAUGAUAUAAAAACAGUUGAUGGAAAAAUAUAUCAUACUUUUAAAGAUGCAUGUUUCGCUCGCGGUCUGUUGGACGAUGAUAAGGAAUAUUUAAUGGCCAUUAAUGAAGCAAGUGCAUGGGCUACUUCUGAUUUCUUGCGUACAUUUUUUGUAAUGCUCUUGAUGUCAAACUCCAUUUCUAGGCCGAGUAUUUUCUGGAAGGAAACAAAAUUUCUAUUAUGUGAAGAUAUAUUAUAUCAGCAACGGAGGAUUACUGGUAUUCCUGAUUUGGUUCUUAAAGAGGAAGAGAUUGAAAACAUUUGCUUAGCACAUAUCGAAAAACUGUUACUUGGUUAUGGAAGUACGUUAAGCAACUUUACUGACAUGCCAAAUGUUCCUGACAACUACACUUCAGGAUUGAACAAUCAAUUGAUAAUGAAGGAACUUUCGUAUGAUCGGGCUAUCUUAAAAAAGGAACUUGCAGCUUCCCUAAAAUCUUUAACUGAUGAACAGCGAAAAGUGUAUCAAACCGUAAUGAAUGCAGUUGUUAAAGGAAGUGGAGGAGUUUUCUUUCUAUAUGGUUACGGUGGAACUGGUAAAAAAUUUCUGUGGAAAACAUUUGCAGCUGCGUUACGUUCCAAUGGUGAAGUUGUGUUGAAUGUUGCAUCCAGUGAUAUUGCAUCAAUUCUAUUAGAUGGUGGUAGAACGACUCAUUCCAGGUUUGUAAUUCCGAUAAAUGUUAACGAGGAUUCUAUAUGCUCUAUUGAACCAAACAGGGAGCUAGGAGGCUUAAUCAAACAAACAAAGAUGAUAAUCUGGGAUGAAGCGCCAAUGACACAUAAGCAUUGUUUUGAAGCUCUGGAUAGAACAAUGAGAGAUAUAGCCCGUUCGUAUAAUCCGUCCUUGCAGAACAAACCUUUUGGUGGAAAGAUUGUGCUUUUUGGCGGUGAUUUUAGACAAAUCCUUCCAGUCAUUCCAAAAGGUACCAGACGCAUGAUUGUAAAUUCUUCAUUGAAUUCUUCUUAUAUAUGGCAGGAUUGUCAGUUACUCAAGUUAACUGAAAACAUGAGGUUAAGAAUGGGUACCAAAUCAAGUAAUUUUAACGAGACCAAGGAAUUUGCUGAAUGGAUUUUUAGGCUUGGUGAUGGUCUACUUGGUGGUCCAAAAGAUGGAGAAGUGGAAAUUGAAAUUCCAGAUGAUUUACUCAUACUCGACGCCGUCAAUCCUAUAUCUUCAUUGAUCGCUUUCACAUAUCCGGAUAUGCAAAAGUUUUUAUGCAAUUCAAAUUACUUCCAACAAAGAGCCAUUCUUGCACCCCACAAAUGA